AUGGCACUGAACAUUGUGGGAUCGGAACGUCUCAGACAAUAUGUGCGGACCAUUAACUGGAAGGGGCUACCGGCAAAGUGGCCGGUAGGCCCGGAACCGGACUCCUCACGCUUCACGGACGCCUUUUUGUCAGUGGUACGGGAGCUCAGGGGCGGACAACUCCAGUCAGUCAUCCUAGAUUUGAGCAAAACUUGUGAUGUGGUGAAGGUGUUGACCAGCGGGACGGAAGGCGGGCCAGUCUUCUCAGAAGUUCACCGUUUCGAACUGUUUUGGAGCCCUCGGAAACCGGAUUGGCAGGUGAUCUCGGCGAGAAGAACUCUGGUAGAAAGCUGCCGCAGUCUACCGCAGCUACUACCACAGGUGCGGGAGCUCACGAUUGGAUUACACCCUAAACAGGACGAAACACAGGGACUUGGCAGCCGCUUGCUGGAAAGAUACUUCCCCCAUCUUGAAAGGUUGACACUCAAGAUUGUGGUCGACGUCGACGAUGCCCUUCCGCAGUUCCUCAAACGCCACAGAAACAGUCUGAAAGAGCUCACUCUCCAUCACUGGUGGGUGUUAGCUCCGACUAAGCCAAUCUGCGCGGGUCGACAAACCAAACCCCCACGGACGCUGUUGAGACAACUGAUCUUACUCAAUCGUGCAACCCAGCUGGAUAGGGUGACGCUCCGAGGAGACAUCUUCACUGGGACCCUAGGUUCGCAAGUGUUUAACGUGACGGGAGCGUUCUAUGUCAGGGAAAGGGAGGGAGUUGAUGAACCCCUCGUCUCUGCCGUCGAAGAAUAUACCUGCCACCGCAAGCCGUUCCCAUUUCCCAAGUUGCAGCCGUAUAUCACACGAAUUGCCGACGGGAAUGUCUCGGGAGACAAGGAUCAUGCGGAGAUCGACGAGGGGGACGAAGAUGGGAAGGAAAAGACGAGAAGAAAGGUACAUGGUGAUCAUACAUUCGAGAUAUCUAUGUAUUAG